AUGAAAGGGAGGGAGAGAAAGCGGGAGCACGGGAGGAGGGUUGCCACACGGCAUCCAGCGAGGGAGAGCUCGAACGGAACGGCCGCGGGGAAACGCUCGAAAUAGAGAACGGCUGCGGAACCGAGGUGCCGGGGCUAGAAAAAUUUUUACGCACUGAGAAAAAUGGUUUUAUUAUAAUAAUAAAACGGUUCUGGUUGAGCGUAUUCUUAUUAAACGAAACAGAAUUUCUGGUUAUCAUAACAAGAUUUUACAGCUUAUAACUACACCGUUUGGUUAACUGUACUAUAAGGAUUUGAUUAAGUUUUUCUUGUUGAAUCUACAAAACUUCUUGUUGAAUCUACAAAAUAAUACAAAACUUCUUGUUAUAUUUACAAAAAUAGCGAUAAUGCUGGCGCCUUCGUUCUCGCAGCGCAAAUCGGUGCAUGCCAAUCUCGCGCAAACCAACGCGGUAUCGAUGCGAUACUAAUAUCACGUACCCAUAAGGUAGCUUUUAUAUUUGUUUCGUGUAUCUUACAAUCGUGUAUUUACAUUAUUCUGUUCAACGGCAUGGCGGACGAAAAAACGUCUUUUCUUCUGCGCGAAUGGAAUUUCGACAGCUAUAUAGAGAUUUUUAGAGGUUAGUAAAAUAUAUGUAAAAUAUAUGCAGUGUACUUUAAACCAAGAUAUAUUGUUAUUAUUUUAAAAACUCUAUCCAAACUCGUUUUUUAACCAAAAAAUUGUGUUAACCUAAUAAAACAAUAUAAUAAGAUUAACAAGAAAUUUUUGUAGAGUUUUGUAAACCUAACAAAACGAUGUAGUAAGAUUAACAAGAAAUUCUGGUAGAUUCAAACAGGAUGGAAUUAACCAGAAUCCUCUGGUAAUUCCAACUACAAAAUUUGUAUCGUCCAUUUUCGAACAAACGGACAGGUUGAAUCAACCAGAAUUUCUCAUAAAACAACAAAACUUUUUUUCCAGUGCGGCCGCUUGUAAAAACCGCGUGCGGCCCUGCGCCGCUGCUGCUUACUCCUACUACUUGUUUCGCAGCGACGAAAUUUGAACGGAAGCAACGGAGAGAAGCGUGCAUUUUAUUUAUAGGCAGUUUACGCUGGCGGAAACGCACGCGUGCAAACGCGAAAGCGUGAGGCGCGAAGCGCUGGAGGACAACGCGAAAAUUCUCAUUUCUCGCGGGCGUUUCUGCUUGGCAGAACUCGCGGCGCAAAUGCGUCUAGGAAAUUCGCCUAAUGAGCCUGCCGCCACGGUGAGUAAUGGGUAGCGGCAAUAAUAGCGACCGGGGGAGCGCGUUAGUAGUAAUAAUAAUAAUAAUAAUAAUAAUAGUCACUCUACACACCGCGAGAUGCGUUCGCUAAGUUUGGAUACGCAUUUGCGGGCUUGCUUCACUUGGAAAGUGGUUAAAUUGAAAUUAAGGAUUUGUCUCUCGUUUCAGGAGCCGCGAUAGGAAUAACAAACGAAUCUCGAAUCUCGCUCUAAGGGGACGAGAUAUUUUCGGGCUGCAAAAUACAAAGCGUGACGAACAGGAAUUCGUGGCACUCCGGAGGAUAUGACGCGCUCGUAGAAAUAGGAAACUCCUAGUAAACAAUUUAAUAAAUGGCGUAGUACAAUUUCGGUGUAUUAAAGUAAUGGAAAAUGUAUACUCUCUAAAUCACAAUCAAUGAAAAUGCACUGACUUUCGGUGAUAUACUUACAAUCAUUUACUGAUUAUCAAUCGGUGAAAUAAAUACAUUGAUCUAUCAGUUACUAUUCACUAAUUCUGAAGUGAAUAUUACUGAAAGACAGUGAUUAUUCAAUUAUAAGUAUGCCACUGUGAAUCAGUAAAUAUCCACUGAUUACGAUUUAGAUUUAGAGAGUAGAGGAUGAACAAAAUAAUGUAAAAAUUUUGAAGAUGCACUACCUUUUUUUAUAAUCUACUAUUUGUCUUUAAAUAUUUAUCCUUGCAAGCUCGUACAAUGUUUGAAUAAUCAUCACAAUAUUUGAAUAGAAACGUUGUACUUUUAGCUGAACAAUUUCAAUUGAUUACACAAAUAAUGCUGGAAAAAUAAAUUCGCUUUUUAUCCUAUUUUUUAAAAUUGCGCUCUGCUCUUCAAAACUUCGGCGUUUUUCCCGGCCAGUGUGCGCCGACUUCAAAUCAUCGAGUUAUUACGAACAGUUUUGAACAACAGAAAACAGAUUUUUCUCCUCCAAUUUUUUUUCCUAUUUUUCUACCAGGAGCUGGUAGUAAUUCAUACCGUCUAUACAAGAAUUUUAUUUGCAAGAAUCGUCUUCAGACAGCAAACGUUAAACCUGGCAGAGCGUGUGAAAUAUUUUUAACCGACAGGAAAUAUGUUUAUAAAAACCCCGCGAGACUCCGGAAUGCACUCACGACGAUCGAAAGAUCGGCGGGUGCAUUCUUAUACGAGAAUUUUGUUUUCGAGAUCGAUGAGUCGCUCUCCGGGAGAAAGAGAGAGAGAGAGAAAGUAAAACAUCAGGUCCGCCUGAUCCAGCGGCGCGGAGGAUUUCAGAGAAUGCCUUUCCCGCUGUAAAAGCAAAAACAGAGAGCGCGACUCCGGUGAACGCGCAGGAAAUCGUGGCACGCGUGAAAACUGCCCCGGCGCGCAACAAUGGGGGAGGGAGGGGGACCGCCCUUGAGCAAACAACAAGCAGAGUUCGACGGCACCGCGGCUGGUCCUUUCAGAGAAUGUAAGCAUUCCCUGACCCUCGUCUCCGCUCCGUGGAGCCCAAUGGUCUCCGCUCUACCCUCCCGACCGGCCAGCCCGAGAGAUCGUUGUAAGCCGCGAUGUUUCCGAGAGCCCCUCCGGUCCGGCCUCUCGGGCGUCGCGUAAUCGUCCGUACGAUGACACGCCAGAAACGCCACCCCUGUACAUUUAUUCCGGCGCACCAAACUCGGCGCUCAGGGGGGGGGGGGCGAGGAAGGGAUGGUUGCCCUUCCGCGUGACGGAGAUGGAGACGCGCGCGCGCGCGGUGCGGCGGAGCGGAACGCCGGCCGCGCGCCGUACACGCGGUAUUUCGAUAUUAUACCUUCGUAACCGGGAAUUGUUCGGCAGAAUUUCGACGGUGAUUCAAUUCGCGAUGCACACAUCGCGCGCGGAUACGCGUGGCCUACGGAGACAGUGAGCAUAUGUUUCUCGCGCCGACUGUCUAGCGCGCUGUCGCGCGUUGUCGGCCAAGCGCGUAGGUCGUUUUCAAUUGUAUAAAGCGGCGAAAUUCAAACUCGCGGCGGAAUCGCGCAGAAUUCACUAAUUUAUUUGCGGUAACUCGCGUUGGAAUCUGAUAUAUCUGGCUACCGGCGAUAUAUCUGUAAUGCCCGCCGUCAUUCCACUUGGAAAAUGAACGGCUCGAAUGAAGUUGUCAUCCUGAAUUCUAUUAUCCGUUGUAACUAUUUUAAGGAGACCUUCUUCGAAAAUGUCGUAUGGAAGACUUACACAUGUUAAUUUAAUUACAAUUGUAUCAUUUUCACCCAUAUUCCGGGCGUAAAAAUAGAGACAAAUGCAGCUUGUGAUAGCAAAUUCGGAGAAUUAGAACGAGUUUAAAUAUAACCCGCGACUGAACGGAAUAAAAUUUGUUAUUUUAUCUGCGAUGCAUAAUACAUGAAACAUUACAAAAUUGUGGAAUAAGCGAAGUGCAUACGCACGCCCGCGUAUACAUGUAUAUAUAUAUAUGUAUCAGGACACGCAUGUACAUCGCACGUAAAGUUAAAUUAUGAAUUUCGCUGUCCCACAUUCUAUCGCGAAUUACAAGUGGACCCGUUGCAAAAAGUUAAAGAACAAAGUUAGUUAAAUGUUCGGCACGCCUCGCGAAAACCAAUGAAAAUUGCAGCGACACCUCGCGCACAGCGUAACGCACGCAGACAAGCGCCUCGUUUUAGCGUCCUCGCUUCUACAAAAGGUGUUACUCACUACGGCAUUUGCAUGCGUUACUCUUAUUUAGCAUUACUCCCACGUUCGCGCGCAAAUGCACCUACAUGCACUGGAUCCGGGCGGGUGAUGUGAGCGUGCGGUUCCACUCGUGUGUGUGUGUGCACCGAAGGCGUGCGCGCGCGCGUGUGCGCGCGUUCCACGCGCGUGUAGAUGCAUGCCCGCGUUUCAGAAAGAGAGACAAGAGAGAGACGUACGUGCGUGCGUGCGUGCGUGCGUGGAGCGGAGCGCGUUAGUGCGUGUGCCGCGCGCGCGAGAAGGGCGAGGGUGUCCCCCUGGUAGGGGAAGCUAAACGCGUGUGUCUUUGGUUUUGGUUUUAGUUUCGUGGCAGUCGCUGCCGACGACGACGACGACGAUCGCACGCGAUCGCAUCGACGACGACGACGACAAACCCCUCCGAUCUCGCCGAGAAACGCGAGAACACGACGCGCCUUAUCACACGCCGGUGUCGUUUUUUCUCCCCCGAUUAAAUCGACUCGUGGCGCGCGCUCGCACGACCGCGAGAUCACGCGCCUCCUCCGCGCGCGGGUACCCAGCUGCAAGCAGGGCUGGAAACUAAAUCCGAGAGUACGUGUCUCUGAUAGCACUCCCCGAGCCCGUGUGUGCACACUGUGUAUGUCUAUAUGUGGUGUGAGAAUAAUCCUGAGAGAUAAAGAUUUAUUCGUGUCGCGGAGCACCACGCCUGCUCCGUUCACCCCGUUCGAGACACUCGAAUAGAAUUUACGCGGUUCUAUGUGAGAUUUAAAUCCCACCUCGUGUCUAUCGCGAGUGCGGUGUACCGUCGGACGGACCGCGAGUACUCUUCCCCCUCGAGCGCCGUUUUACGCAAGUGCCGCUUUGCGACUGACGCGGAACGAAUUGUUGUUUUUUUUUUCUUCUUAAAAAGACAGAAGCACUAAUUAUAUUGGACCAUCCGAUAUCCUACGUUCGAAAGAUACCCGGCUCCCGUUCUGGUCUUCAUUCAGUUUGAAACACUCUAUUAAUAAUCGAUGUAUUAUCGACGUAUAUUCUAUGUGAAGGUGUUCCCGAUUUCUCGUGACAUUAAGUUCAAGACAUUCUCUCGACAGGGAGACAGUCGUACGGACGGAGAUAACCGUUGCCGUUGUUUAAAGAAGUGUGAAAGUGAUGCGCGAUAGUGCCACCUGACCGCGUCUCUAAAUUAAACCGCGCGGCGCGCAAAAGGAGGACCACCUACCAAGAAUAACGUCAGUGGCGAGAGGUGAGGGGGAGUCGGUGGUAAAAAGCGGCGCGCAAAAGGCACGCGGCCGAGCCUCGGGAUCAAAGUUGAAAUUCUUCGAGAGGUGGCGGCGAGGGUGGCGAAGGAAGACGCGUAUACGAUCAGAGGAAGUCAAAGCGAACGAAGAGAAGGAGGACGACGACGAUCGGGUCGAAUGCCGUGAAAGGCGGGAGAACUUUCGACGAAAGAAGAAAGGGAGAGAGAGAGAAAAAAAAGGGGAACGACUGGUUUUGUUAAUCAAAAGAUUUCGAGACACGCGUCCAGCCUAACAACGAGCGAGGGGAGGUAGAGAAGGGGGAGGAGACGAACGUGAAAGAACUCGUCGGAGUACGUGAAUUGUGUCACUGGCGCCUGUGCUUUUUGUCACCGCCGAGUGAAUAGAGCUGACGAAGAAUAAGGAUCCAUCCUUGAAUAAAUGAAUGAAUAUUAUUGAAGUGAAUGUCGUCGAAUGCAAAUAUGUUUGCGGAAGAACAGUAAUGUUAAGGAAGAACGCGGAAAGAAACUAAAAAUCGUUUUUCGUGACAAUUAAACAAGUGUUGCUGCGAGAGGGUGUGAAGAAAAUACAGACACUCUCCUUCAGAUUCUAAUUGUUAUAUUUUGAAGUGAGAGACGUAAAAGAAAGGGGGGAUUCAGCCAUAGACGGUAUAUAUCGUGUGUUACAAAUAAUAAAAAAUAAAUAUUAUUUAUUAAUAUAUAACUAUAUAUUUCUAAGUAAAAUAUAAAUUAAAAAAAAAUAAAAAUUACAUACGCGAAGACUUUGAGAGCAGCGUUAUACUGAGAGCGUUAAGAACGAUCGAGUCGAGAAUGCCUGGAUUCUCGGAGUCCUUCGAGUGGUCGCGAUCGAUCGAGGAAGCGGCGGCACGAUCGAAAUCGUUCACGGAUCCGCGUUCGCCUCGCGGGGAGGAUUGUCGCUGAAUCAACCUCCCCCCGCGGUCGAAGACUCAAUUCGCAAUCGAUUGAGAGAUCGAAUGCUGCUCCCCGUGACGGGAAAACGUAUUCGACGUGUUGAGUGCAGCCAUCGUGACACCUGAGCCUCGGCACAAGACAAUAUCGAAAUGCACUGCGCAUCGGGAUACAUGUUUCUGACGAGCCUGCUGAUGGUGCUAAGGACUCACCGAAUGGGCGCGGCUGCGGAGGAGUCGUUGGAGUUUCACAACAAAGCGCCUGUGAGAUUAGUCUGGGCCACCGAAGGCGACAACGUAGAGCUGCCAUGCGACAUCACACCACCGAGGCCGGAGGAUUCGGUUAACAUGGUUCUCUGGUUCAAGGACAAUGCCGGGAUACCGCUGUACAGGCGAGUGUCUUUGCAUUUUAAAAAUAAUCUUACCCCGAUCCGACUAUUUUUACGUGGCGCUAGCGCCUACAGAGCUAGGACGUCAACCUAACCCAUCUGAAUU